AUGCCGGUCUUUCAUACUAAGACCAUAGAAGGCAUUCUAGAGCCGGUUGCACAGCAGGUUUCCAAGCUUGUUAUUCUUCAUGAAGAAGCUGAAGAUGGUAAUGCGAUGCCAGAUCUGGCACGGCCUGUACAGGCUGUCAAACUUGCUGUUGAUAACUUAGUCAAGGUUGGCUAUGACACAAUCAACAGUAGUGAGGAUCAAAUCCUCAAGCAGGAUAUGCCUCCAGCCCUCCAUCGUGUGGAAGAUGCCUCCGUGUUGCUCCUUGAGGCAUCAGACAUGCUCAGAGAUGAUCCUUUCUCUGCUCCUGCUAGGAAAAAGCUCAUUGAAGGAUCAAGAGGUAUUCUUCAAGGCACCUCAUCCCUUCUGUUGGCUUUUGAUGAGUCUGAAGUCAGAAAGAUCAUCAGAGUCUGCAAGAAUGUUUUGGAAUAUCUGGCUAUCACUGAGGUGGUUGACAAAAUGGAAGACUUGGUCACUUAUGUUAAGAACCUCAGUCCUGUGCUGACCAAAAUCAUUAAGGAAGUCGAUGCCCGUGAGAAGGAAUUGACUCACCAAGUCCAUCGUGAUAUGCUAAUACGAUCCCUGGAUCAAGUGAAAAAUCUCACUCCAGUCCUUAUCAGUGGUGUGAAAAUAUUCAUUACUGCUAAAGAAACAAGUACGGGUUUUGCUGAAGCUCAGAAUAACCGUGAUUUUGUUGUGAGAAAAAUGUCUGAUGAGAUCCAUGAGAUUAUUCGUGUUUUGCAAUUAACAACUUAUGAUGAAGAAGAAUGGGAUGCAGAUGAUCUGACUGUUAUGAAGAAAGCACAGUGUGCAAUCGAAGGAAAGCUUCAGCAAGCUGCCGAUUGGCUACAGGACCCUGCUGCUUUGGUUGGGAGUGCAGGUGAUAAGGCACUGCACCAGAUUUUGGAAGAUGCUCGAAAGAUUGCAGAACGUUGCAGCAACCCAAAUGAGAGAGAUUCCAUCCUCAGGACAGUAGGUGACAUUGAAUCAAUGGCUAAUACUCUUGCUGAACUCAGGCAACAAGGAAAAGGUAGCAGUCCUCAGGCAAUGUCUUUGGCCAGAGAAAUCCAAAAUAAACUCCGUGAUUUGACUCAGCUUACUCAAAAUGGAAUUGUAAACACGGAAAGAAGUGGAGUCCGUAAACCAGCACCAACUGUUUCAGGAAAAGUGGAACAAGCCCAAAGAUGGCUGGUCAACCCAGGGCUUGAUGACAAAGGCUUAGGUGAACAAGCAACUCGUAUGGUUGUAGCUGAAGGUCGUAAAGUAGCAGAGUCUCUGACAGGACCACAGAGAGCUGAACUACUCAGGCUUUGUGAUGAGACAGAAAUCUUGACCAAUCAGCUUUCUGAUUUGAUCCGAAGGGGACAGGGUAAUUCUCCUCAAGCACAAGCUUGUGCCCGUCAUCUUUCUGAAAAAUUACAUGCCCUCAAGAAUAAGAUUGGUGAAGGACUUGUUAAUCAGGUUGCUGAAGAUUUCAUUGAUAUGACAACACCAUUGAAACAAUUGAGUGAUGCAGCUAUGGCCCCAUUAGGUGUUCCAGGAAGAGAACAAAACUUUGAUGAGAAAGCUCGUAACUUUUUGACUCAAUCUUCCAAACUUUCUGAUACUGCCAAUAUGGUGGCUACUGCUGGUGGCUGUUGUAACAAGAAAACUGUUGAAGCAAUCUUUGCCACUUCUGCUCAGGCAAAUGACUUAUCUCCUCAAGUUGUGAAUGCUGCCAAAAUUGUUCUAAUCAAUCCUGAGAACCAAGCUGCUGUUGACCAUUUUGAUCUACUCAAAAAACAAUGGACUGAAAACAUGGAGAGGCUGCGAACACUUGUGGAUGAAGCAACUGAUACGGAAGCCUUCAUUCGUGCUACUGAGGUUGGAAUCAAGAAAGACACUGAAAAAGUUGAAGAUGGCAUCAGAGCUGUCAGUCCACAGAUGGUUGUUGCUAAUGCAUCUAAUAUUGCCCGUCGUGCCAAUCGUGUUCUGCAAGUUGCCCAACAGGAAGCAGAGAACAGUGAAGAUCCAGCAUUUGUUGAGAAAGUCAACCAAUCCUCAGACAUCCUUAAAUCUUCAAUCACUCCAAUGGUGCAACAAGCUAAGGCUGUGUCUAUGAACCCCAAAGAUCCUGCUGCUGCCAACAAUUGGCGUAAAGAAAACAAUAAUCUCAUUGCUGCUGUGGGCCAAGUCAGAGAAUCAGUAACUGUUUCUCCAAAGACCAGUGAUCUCUAUGGCCAGCCAUUCCCACAACCUCCAGAUAUGUCUCAGCUUCACAUUUCAGUUCCUGACCAACAUGCAACUGAUGGAAGAGCCCAAGUUCAAGAAGCAACCUUACAGCGAGAACAACAUUAUACUCAGGAGCAGGAAGCUCCACCAUUUGUUCCUCCUCCCCCAGUGCCGCCACCACCACCAAUGUCCCAAGAUGGUUAUGGUUAUGGCUUCAAUUACAGAGAUGCUCCCCCACGUCCCCCACUGCCUCAUGAGACAGUACCACCAAGGCCUCCUCCACCUGAGACUGACGAUGAAGAUGAAUCUGCUUUCCCGAUGCCACAGGCUAACCAACCAAUAAUGAUGGCUGCUCAUGAUCUACAUAUGGAGACGAAGCAGUGGUCAAGCAAAGACAAUGAAAUUAUUGUAGCUGCAAAGAAGAUGGCUCUGCUUUUGGCUAAACUCUCUCAUUUGGUUAGUUGUGAGUCAACUUGCAAAUGGAUUUGGUGCACAGCGCAUAAGAUGUAA